AUUUUGGAGUGCCCACCAAUUGGAAGAGACGUUGGGUUUGUAGUCAGGCAGACAUACCAUAGUCGUCCAAUCACAAAAAAAUCUGAAAGGGGCUUUUUGCUGUAGCUUGGCUCAGUCCUGUUUAGAUGGUGGUUUUCAGUCCAGGUUAGCUGUCGUGAUGUCAGAGGACCAGCACCACCUGCGGGCUGACACCCUGCGGCGAGUGGAGGGUGGGCUGGAUGCAGGGGAGGGUGACAAUGAGCCAAGCAUGCUGCUGCAGAAACUCAAGAGCAACAUCUCAAAAACUGUUCAGACAAAAGUGGAUCAAAUUUUGCAAGAUGUGCAGCGUUUCUCCGACAACGACAAGCUGUACCUUUACCUGCAGUUGCCCUCUGGACCCAGCUCUGGAGACAAGAGUAGCAGCAGUGACUCCACCUCUUUCAACACGGCUGACCAACUCCAUACUUGUAUAUGGAUCCGCAGUCACCUGGAGGAGCAUUCAGAUACCUGCCUGCCCAAACAGGACGUCUACGAAACCUACAAGCGUUACUGUGAGAACCUACAACAUCGUCCUCUGAGUGCCGCCAACUUUGGAAAGAUCAUCAGAGACAUUUUCCCCAACAUGAAGGCUCGGCGGCUCGGUGGCCGAGGACAGUCCAAGUACUGUUACAGUGGCAUCAGGAGGAAGACCGUCCUCAACAUGCCUUUGCUGCCCAACUUGGACCUGAAGAAUGACCCGGCAGAGCUGACCGAGCUGGUCCAGACGUACAAACAGGAAGUGACGGAAGCAGCGUGUGAGCUGAUCUGUGAUUGGGCUCAGAAGAUCUUGAAACGUUCCUUUGAUACGGUGGUUGAAAUCGCUCGCUACCUGAUCCAGGAGCACAUUGUCAACCCUCGUUGUAGCCAGGCAGAACUUGUCACCUCUGCAGCACUGGCAGGAGGUCCUGCCAAACCCCACAAGGUCAUCAAGAAAACACCUAUCAUGUCUAAAGGAGGCGGGGCAGAGAGUGAUGGCGGCAUGGUUGACCAUAAGAAGGAUGCCAGAGAUUCUGGCUCCGCUUCAUCAAAGCCGCCACUGGGGGACAAACCAGCAGCAGCCAAAGCAUCCUCUGUGGAUACCUCGCCUCCUCCCUCCUUGUCUUUGCGGCCUGCGGUAGGUCACCACCUCCAGGUGGAAGCCUUCAUGAAGCAGUUACCCAGAAUUCUCCCUCGGAGUUCUGUUCCUGAAAAAGCCCAGCUCUCAGUCCGCUCCUCUCCACCCUCGCUCGCACCCAAAGAUGCCUCAGGUGUCAGCGUGACAUCUGGAGGAGGGCCAGCUGCUGCCGGAGGGGGCGGAGUUAAGGUCAUUGCCAUGGCAGCAUUACCACAGCAACAGGGUGGGGCUGUUCCGCUGAUGAUCCUGCCUCAGGGUUGUCUUUCAUAUGCAGAGAGGGAGAAAGUUGCUCCUCUGCCUCCUCCAUCACAACCUCCUCCUCCUCCUCCUCCACAGCAGCAGCAGCAGCACUUGCCGGCAGCGCCCACAUCUGUGGUCCAGAAAGCUCGUACGAACACCCACCGGCGCCCCCUGGAGGUUGUAACAUCAAGCACUGUGGGGGUAUCGAGCACCUCUGCUGCCAGUGCUCCUCCAGUGAAACGGAAACGUGGGAGACCCAGAAAACCUCGCCCAGAAGACGCUGUGCCUGCACUUCCUCCUCCUGCUGCAGUGUCACCUCAGUCUCCGCCUCCUGCCCCACCUCCGCACUACCCGCUCAUCACGUCUGUCACUGGUAGUGUCAUCCAAAAAGCCUCCUCUUCCUCCUCAGCCUCGCAGCAGGUGGUGGAACUGGUCUUCCAAGACCAGCAGGGGUUGGUUCUUGCCAGCCCGCUGCCAGCAGUGUCAGACCCAGGCCACUGUCUGGCCGUGGAGCACCGCAGCGUGGUGGUGCAGUGCCAAACAGGUGCAGUGCCUGAACCGGACCGCCACAGCCGACCACUGCUGUUUUUUCAGAGCCCGGGGACACCAAGCUGGGAGCUGGCAGCAUCCGGGCGCACCGCCAUGGUGGAGGUCAUUCAGAAGGCUCCAAGACCCAGCAAUAAUGACAGCAGCCCCGCCCCUCCGCCUGCAGUGCACCUUCCUCCUCCACCUCUGGCUCUCCCACUGCCCACGCUGCAUGAAGAACGAGGGGAGGUGGAAAUAACGUUAACACCGGUGGAUGUGCAACACAACAGCGUCCCGCCAACACCUUCAGCAGUAUCAUCCUCAUCCUCCUCCUCACCUCCCAGGUGCGCCGUCUCCUCAGGCUCCACUGUCAAAGGUGUAAAGGUGGAGUCAGAAGAGAGUAGCCACACUUCCUCAAAGAGAGAAGGUCACUAGCCCCGCCCACUCCACUGUCUUCUUUUUACGACAGCUUUGUAUUUCAUUUGUCAGCGCUGAACUCAUUUAUUGUUGCCCAUGGUAACAGGUGUUUACCUCACAUGACAAAGCAACAAAGUCCUACCCCUUUACAUUGCCUUCUUACCGUCUUCUUCAUUGGUGGAAAUCCCAGACUGGUGAUGACAGCCACCCAGUCGAGGAGGAUAAAUGAAGCCAAAACCUCCAGCCCCUGUUGUUGUUGUUGUUGUUAUUAUUGUUUUGGGGAGGGGGGAUCCCCUCGUAAACAAACUGAAUGUGUUGUUUGUAACGUUUAGCUGUGAUUCUUCAAACUGCAUGUCUUUCCGUGUUUUUGCUCCAGUUCACGGAUCUGUUUCAGACCUGAAACUCAUCUCCAGUUUUACAGAUUCAUGUUGCAUUCUGGGGCUGCGUUACCAUGGUUACUCAAUGAGACAAAUUAGUAGCAUGUGUCAUAUCAGCUCUGUUGCACAUCCACGACCUGGACAGACCAAAAACUUCCCUCCUCCCACUUCCAUUCUUUGGCGUUGAAGCUUCUCUUUCUGCUCCACCAAGAUCACUUUGGUGUCAUUUUCGGGGUUUACGCGUCCGGUCACACGCAGAAUUUUGCACAUCUUUUUGAUUCAGUUGAAAUCUGGAAAACAGUGCGCGGGCAGCGCGGAGCUUAUCGUAUACAGACGUGCACGUCAGAUACUCAAUGAAGCACAUAAAUGCCAUCUUUGUAGCAAAUAUGAAUUCACUCAUGGUUUGUACAGUCAGCGUGGUGCCGCAGUGCUUAGCACUGUUGCUUCACAGCGAGAAGGUUGACGGUUCGAUGCCACUAAAGUUGAAUUCCUGUGUGCAGGUUGCGUACACUUUUUUUCUGUUUGGAUUUGCACUGAACCAAUCAGCGCGCUGACCAAUGCGCUAAACCCUACAUUUACCUGUGUGAUUGAUGGAACAAUAUUUAUUGUUUUCUUGUUGUCAUGUUUAGCACGGGUCACAUUUUAAAGGUUCUAAGUAAAAACCACACGCUGACGAGGAGUCGCUCUCGAGCACCAUGGGGUUUUGCUCCUGUCACUUUAAAUGGAGGAGAUUGUAUUUGACGAUGGGGAGCUAACUGAUUAGCAAAGUGAACCUGAUGCAAAUCAACAAAAUUCUGUACUCAGACUCAUUCUGGUGUGACCGGUGUCGUGUUUUUAUUCAAAGAAAUAUGCAGGAAGAAGAAAAGAGAAGAGGAAAUAUUAAGGAGAUUUAAGUGCUGAAUCAGGCCUGAAAGGCAAUAGAGAUAUUAUUACGGGUAAAAACCUUGAAAAGGUGCAAAAUAUUUAAAUGAAAUGUUCUUGCAGAGCUUGACCUUGAUUCACCUUCAUUUUGUCGAAAUUUUGCACUCAUACGUCAAUUAAAACAAACUUUAGCAGAGCCACAAAUCAGUCCACAGAACUCAGAAUCAACUUUCCUUCAUCUGAUUAACGACUUAAAGUUUGAUCAAAAGUGAAUCAGCGUCGAGCUCUGCUGUGCUUUUACUCUUUCUGUUUUGAACAGUUUGGUUUGUUGUGUUUUACUGGUGUUUGUUUGUUUGUGGGUCUGAUGUGUUUGUGUGUUUUCACACUGCCCACCACCUCAUGACAUUUUUCAGGUUAAUUGUUUUAAAUUAAGAUGAAUUUUGGAAAGCAGCAUUGUGGAAUGCUGUAAAGGGGGGCGGGGAUGCGUGAAGGAAUUGAUGAUUGGUCCCCUGUUCAGAUAACUAACUGCACAGACCAGUAAACUGUACUGGUGAUGCUAAGGCAGAUGUUCAUAUUAGCAGUCAGUGUAUUAUAAUACUGUGGAAUACAAAUACGGACAUACAGAUCAAUCAUCCAACAGCACUGAAUAAUUAGUUAUGUGCACUGAUCAGUAAAGGGGAGAAAUUAGUAAUCUAUGUACACUGAUUAGUUAGUUAUGUGCACUGAUCAGUGAAAUACGGGGAUUGGUAAUCUGUGGAUUGAUUACUGAGUUAUGUCCACUGAUCAGUGGAGAGAUUAGUAAUCCGUGUGCAGCACUGAUUACUGAGUUAUGUGCACUGAUAAGUGAAAUUCAGAGUGCACGUAGGGUUUGCAUUAUGCACUGAUCAGUGAAGUGUGGGGAUUAGUAAUCUGUGUUCACUGAUCAGUGAAGUGCAGAGAUUAGUUAUCUGUGCACCGAUUGCUUAAAGUAAACUGAUAAGUGAAGUGCAGAGAUUAGUAAUCUGUGAAUUGUUUAUUGAGUUAUGUGCACUGAUCAGUGAAGUGCAGAGACUAGUAAUCUAUGUGGACUGAUUAUUUAGUUAUGUGCACUGAUCAGUGAAGUGCAGAGGAGUAAUCUUUGUGCACUGAUUUCUUAUUUGUGUGCAUUGAUCAGUGAGGUGUGGAGAUUAGUAAUCUGUGCACUGAGUACUGAGUUAUGUACACUGAACAGUGGAGAGAUUAAUCUGUGUGCAUUGAUCAGUGAAGUGCAGAGAUUAGUAUUAUGUGCAAUGAUUACUGAGUUAUACCCACUGAUCAGUAGAGAGAUUAGUAAUCUGUGUGGACUGAUUACUGAGCUAUGCGCACUGAUCAGUGAAGUGCAGAGAUUAGUAUUCUGUGCAAUGAUUACUGAGUUAUACCCACUGAUCAGUAGAGAGAUUAGUAAUCUGUGUGGACUGAUUACUGAGUUAUACGCACUGAUCAGUGAAGUGCAGAUAUUAGUAAUCUGUGUGCACUGAUUGCCAGAAAAGAAAACUACAUUAGAAUCAUUUGAUAAGACGUACAAAUAUGGCCACAGCUUUAUCUCAAAUCUCUUUUUAGUGUCCCACACAAAUGUUUUAGUAAUCCACGUGCACUGAUAGCCACAGGAUGGACUCUUUGCUACAAUGUGGCCUCUAGGGGGCUCUGUAGGGUAAAUACAGUGAAAAUGGAAGGAGGAAGACAUUUGAACGUGUCCAAUGAGCAGACCUCAGAAAUUUUGGCAACUAACACAAAGAUAUUUUAAAUUAUUAAAAGAUGCAGUUAAAUAAUAUGAAUUAGUUUGUGUUGGGCUGAUGUUUAGAUGAUGUGAUCAGCCUGCUAGCCACUUGAGCAUACGCAGACACAUGGUGCCAUUCAUCCUUUGCACUUUGACCUUUACUUUUUUGGAGCUCUGUUAGCAUCAGCAAUGUGACGUUUUACUGUCCUUGCGAUUCUACUGGAUUUUUCCAAAACAAAUGUCCAGCAGUUACAUACGUUCUGUCCUCAAUUAAAAGUCUUUAAUCAAUAACCAC